AUGCUACCAACUACACCAACAACUAUAACAACAAACAAUUCACAAUUUUCUAUAACGAAUUACACUCGAUUUUUACGGAGAACAUCGAAAAUUACGCGUGAACGAUGUUAUUUGCUUCUCAUUCAAUUACUAUUCUAUACUAUUGUUAUUAUUAUUAUCUAUGUUCGAUUCGGACAAAUCAAUGCUAGACAAAUCCGAAUUCUUUCGAUUCUCAAUCCAAAUCAUAAUUCUACACUUCAUCAAGAUUCUCACAAUCGACCUAACCAUCAUAAUCAGCGUAAUCCUGACUGUUCCUGUCAUUCAUUUUCAUAUCCGAAACGAAAUCGUACUACGCGUUGUCUGGAACUCUAUGUGGGCUUAACAGAAGUUGUCUCGAAUGUUUUCUGUCCGAUAUCUUCGACAGACAACGAAGACGAGCAAUGGCUUGUCAUUCAAGAUCGACAAACAAAUCAUAUUAGUUUCAAUCGAACAUGGCUGGAAUAUCAACGAGGAUUUGGUAAUGUUCAAGAUCAAAUCGAUUUUUGGAUUGGAAAUGAAAAUUUAUACUGGCUAACUAACAAUUUUCCGUGUCGUCUCAAAAUUGAACUAACCGAUUGGCAUAAUGAAACUCGAAAAGCUAUAUAUGAGAUAUUCUAUAUUUCGAAUCAAAAUGAUGACUAUCGUCUACAAAUCGAUGGAUACAGCGGUAAUAUGGAAGUAUUCAAUAGAUUUGAUAGUAAGCUAUUAGAAAAUGAAGUCGACUCUAUCAUCUCUUCCCAUCGCAUAGGUUUCUCUCGAUGGCAUAAUAAUGCGCCAUUUUCCACCUAUGAUCACUAUACGACAAACACUAUAAAUUGUCCUCACUUACACGGCGGUAGUGGAUGGUGGUAUCAUUCCGGUGGUGAUUGCGCACAUGUACAUUUGAAUGGUUUUCUCCCAACACAUGCUGACGGACUUGUUCCAUUCAACACAGGUAUUUUGUGGGUAGGUUGGAAAGCUGAUCGACAUUAUUCAUAUCAACAUGUUCAGAUGGCUAUGCAACCGAAAUUACGACGAGAUCGUGGUCGUCAUCGACGAUGA